GGAAUCACUUCGGUCAAAAUGCUCCGCUUACUUUUUGCAGCUCUCUGCUUCGCAAUUCCUGAAAAUGGCCAGAGUAAGAGCACGAACAUUAUCCAAAUAGUUUUUGGAAGUGAGUACGACUCAGCGGUUGUCCGCCCUUCUCAUAUUGAUGAAGACUUUCAUGAAUUGUUUGAUGAGUUCACCGCGUACAGUGGAGUUCAAUUCCACAAAGGUAAUUUUCGACAUUUCGCUAGUCUUUCUACGCCUACAUUGGGUGUAUUUGGAAUGAAGGAUGUGAAUUGCGAGCAGUUCCGUGGCUUCCUCAGUGGAAUUCGAGCAUCUAGACACCACCUUGAAUAUGCAAGAGUGGAAUGUGGCCCAGUGACGUUCUCCACUUGCCUGACAUUUGACUGCGGUUCGUAUGAAAAUCGCACUUUUGACAUUAGUGGUCAGCACCGUCCACACUCUUAGUGCGGUUUCAUGAAUAAAACUCAAGCAUUAAAUAU